AUGACCAUUACUGUAGAGAGCUCCCACGAUCCUAUCAAGGAGGGUGUGACCUCCAUCCAUCAGCAGCUCACCCGACCGUUUUAUUCCUGGGUUUGGCUAAUUGGUGAUGAGUAUGGAACCGCAACUGACUUCCCCCGAAAGCAGCAAGGAUGGCAGAGCACCCUACUUCUGUUUCGUGAGUUGACAUUUCCUCUGGUAAAUAACGAUCUUGUCAAGAAGGAGCAGGCCCCAUGGCGUGUCAUCGGAGAUUCUACUGACGACUACGUUACGCUCGAGACUCGGAAUCGACAUCAUCCGGGAGCAAUACGGCUUCAUGAAACAAUUCCGAAAAGGUCCGCGCGUGGCUCUGAUUUUCAGGCCGAGCACGAGUUUACUACCAUCUACUACCCAUUCUCCAACGAGUCAAUAUGUAUCAACCGCGACAACACCAGCGCUGCCGCACAGACCACAGGUGGAUUAGACAAUUCUCCCGAGUCUGGUAGCCUGCGCCUUUUCGACAUCAGCGAAGGCGAGGAAGAUGGCGAUUAAAUAAUCGAGACUCUAAACCUCAAUAUCAUGGUCGACGACGGUGUUUUGGAAGUGCACACCAACUCGCGCUUUGCGCUGUCUACUUGGGCUCGGUGGUCUGUGCAAGGGUUACCCUGAGAGAAUCCAUUAAGUGAUAUAUUCUCGAGUACCAUUCAUUAAACGGCCAAUAAAUUGAUUUUUAUCGCAUAUAUGCGUUUUGUGUACUAUGUGAUGUCUCGAAUCAUUCUUCAUUGAUUUAGGACAUGAAU